GGAGCCGAGCUGCUCCCCCAGAGUUAACUUUUUAAUCCCGGUUUUGUCGCGUUAUCACACACAAGAGGAGGAGGAGGCGGAGGAGGAGGUCGGGGAGUGAGCAGGGGAUAAAAAGUCAGUCAUGGUAUGAGGUGAAUGGGGAAAACCGGAGCGACUUCUUGUGCAAGAAGCCCGUUUACAUUUUAAUUGUGCAGAGGAGAAGAAAGUGAAGAAGAAGAAGAAGAAGAGGAGGAAGAAGAAGUAGAAGAAGAAGAGGGAAACGGGGACUGGAAGCCCGGAGAAGAGAGAGAGAAAAGCGGGGUACAAGAUGCAGCUGGCCGCGGUGCUGUGGGUCGCCCUGUUAACUUUGCAACUCAGCCAGAGUCCAGGAGUUCAGGCCAGCGCCGAGUGUUCGUGUGGGAGGAACCACUUCACGUGUGCGGUGAGCGCGUUCGGGGAGUGCACCUGCAUCCCGGCCCAGUGGCAGUGUGACGGGGACAACGACUGCGGGGACCACAGCGACGAGGACGGAUGCAUGCUCCCCACCUGCUCGCCGCUGGACUUUCACUGCGACAACGGCAAAUGUAUCCGUCGCUCCUGGGUGUGUGACGGGGACAACGACUGCGAGGACGACUCAGACGAGCAAGACUGUCCUCCCAGGGAAUGUGAGGAGGACGAGUUCCACUGCCAGAACGGCUACUGUAUUCGCAGCCUCUGGCACUGCGACGGCGACAAUGAUUGCGGGGACAACAGUGAUGAACAGUGCGAUAUGCGUAAAUGUUCGGACAAGGAGUUCCGCUGCACAGAUGGGAGUUGUAUCGCCGAGCACUGGUACUGUGACGGAGACACGGACUGUAAGGACGGAUCAGAUGAGGAAAAAUGCCCCUCAGAUGUGAUGACAGCCACCUGCAGCGUGGAGGAGUUUCAGUGCGCAUAUGGUCGCUGUAUCCUGGACAUCUACCACUGCGACGGGGACGACGACUGCGGGGACUGGUCGGACGAGUCGGACUGCUCUUCUCACCAGCCCUGCAGAUCAGUCGAGUUCAUGUGCAGCAGCGGGAUGUGCAUCAACGCCGGCUGGAGGUGCGACGGCGAGUUCGACUGUGACGACCAAUCAGACGAGAAGAACUGCACCACGUCCAUGUGCACGGCCGACCAGUUCCGCUGUGGAACCGGACGCUGUGUCCGGUUGUCAUGGAGAUGCGACGGCGAGAGCGACUGCUCGGAUGGCAGCGACGAGGACGGCUGUGAGAAAACUGAGACCCCCCCGUGUGCCCCCGAUCAGUUCCAGUGCGGGAACGGACGCUGCAUCGGUCAGAGGAAGGUGUGCAACGAGGUCAACGACUGCGGCGAUGGGACUGACGAGCACCCACACCAUGACUGCCGCCCGCGCUCCAGCGAGGGCAACUGUAACCAGAAUAACGGAGGCUGCUCCCAGAAGUGUCAGAUGGGCAGAGGACUGGUCCAGUGCACCUGUCACACUGGAUACCGACUGAUGGACGAUGGCAAAACCUGCCAGGAUGUGGACGAGUGCGCCGAAGAAGGCUACUGCAGCCAGGGCUGUACCAACGCGGAGGGAGGGUUCCAGUGCUGGUGCGUUCAGGGCUACGAGCUCCGGCCGGACAAACGCAGCUGCAAAGCUCUGGGUCCGGAGCCGGUGCUGCUGUUUGCCAACCGCAUCGACAUCCGUCAGGUGUUGCCUCAUCGCUCUGAAUACACCCUGCUGCUCAACAACCUGGAAAACGCCAUCGCCCUGGACUUCCAUCACAGCCUUGAGCUGGUGUUCUGGUCGGACGUGACCCUGGACCGCAUCAUGAAGGCCAACCUCAACGGCUCUAAUGUGGAGGAGGUCGUCUCCACCGGCCUGGAGAGCCCAGGUGGACUGGCCAUAGACUGGAUCCAUGACAAGCUGUACUGGACGGACUCUGGGACUUCGCGCAUCGAGGUGGCCAAUCUGGACGGCACGCACCGCAAGGUGCUGCUGUGGCAGAAUAUGGAGAAGCCCAGGGCCAUCGCGCUGCACCCCAUAGAAGGUAAGAUCUACUGGACGGACUGGGGCAACACCCCUCGCAUCGAGUACGCCAACAUGGACGGCUCCAACCGGCGGGUCAUCGCAGACACCCACCUCUUCUGGCCCAACGGCCUCACCAUCGACUACGCUGGCCGCCGCAUGUACUGGGUGGACGCCAAGCACCACGUCAUUGAGAGGGCCGACCUGGACGGACGCAAUCGCAAGGCCGUCAUCAGUCAAGGUCUCCCGCACCCGUUUGCCAUCACUGUGUUUGAGGACAGCCUCUACUGGACUGACUGGCACACCAAGAGCAUCAACAGCGCUAACAAAUUCACAGGCAAGAACCAGGAGAUCAUCCGCAACAAGCUGCACUUCCCCAUGGACAUCCACACGCUGCACCCCCAGAGGCAGCCCGCAGGGGGCAGGAACCGCUGCGGCACCAACAACGGGGGCUGCAGCCACCUGUGUCUCCCCAGCAACAAGACGUACACCUGCACCUGUCCCACCGGCUUCAAGAAGGUGGACCAGUACAGCUGUGCCAGCGGUCUUGACAAGUUCCUGCUUUUUGCCCGAAGGACGGACAUCCGACGAAUCAGCUUCGAUACGGAAGACAUGUCCGAUGAUGUCAUCCCUCUGGCUGACGUGCGCAAUGCCGUGGCUCUGGACUGGGACGCCAAAGACGGCUACAUCUACUGGACUGAUGUCACCACCGACUCCAUCAACAGAGCACUGUGGAAUGGCACCAAGCAGGAGGUGGUGGUGGACACCAGUCUGGAGAGCCCAGCAGGUUUGGCGAUUGACUGGGUGACCAACAAGCUGUACUGGACCGAUGCCGGUACCGAUCGCAUCGAAGUGUCUAACGCCGACGGGACCAUGCGGACUGUCCUGAUAUGGGAAAACCUGGACCGGCCCAGGGAUAUUGUUGUUGAUCCAAUCGGAGGCUUCAUGUACUGGACUGACUGGGGGGCCAAUCCAAAGAUCGAACGUGCAGGAAUGGACGCAUCAAGUCGCAUCGUCAUCAUCUCAUCCAAUCUGACGUGGCCCAACGGGCUCGCUAUUGACUAUGAGACCAAACGCCUGUACUGGGCUGACGCUGGCAUGAAGACUAUUGAAUUUGGCAACUUUGAUGGUUCUGAUAGACAGGUUUUGAUCGGCAGCCAGCUGCCACACCCCUUUGGCCUGACUGUACACGAGGACAAGCUGUACUGGACGGACUGGCAGUCUAAGAGCAUCCAGAGCGCCGACAAGCUCACUGGCUUGGGAAGAAACACGCUGGCCGAAAACCUGGAGAACCUCAUGGACAUCCAUAUGUUCCAUCUGCACCGCGAGACAGUGCGUAACCCGUGUGAGGUGAAUAAUGGAGGCUGCAGCCACCUCUGUCUCCUGGCGCCUGCUCCCAAAGCCUCCAGCUGUGCCUGUCCCACUGGGAUCAACCUGCAGACUGAUGGAAAGACCUGCACACCUGGGAUGAGCAGCUUCCUGGUCUUUGCGCGGAGGACCGACAUCAGGAUGGUUUCUCUGGAUAUCCCCUACUUCGCUGAUGUGGUCUUGGCCGUCAACAGCUCAAUGAAAAACACUAUCGCCAUUGGUGUGGACCCCAAAGAAGGAAAAGUCUACUGGUCCGACAGUACACUGAAGAAAAUCAGCAGAGCCAACAUCAACGGGACGGCGCAUGAAGAGAUCAUAUCAACCGGCUUGAUGACAACCGAUGGGCUCGCUGUGGACGCUGUUGGCAGGAAGAUCUACUGGACGGACACGGGAAUCAACCGCAUUGAGGUUGCCAACCUGGACGGCUCCAUGAGGAAAGUUCUCGUCUGGCAAAACCUCGACAGCCCUCGAGCAAUCGCCCUCUACCACGAGAUGGGCUAUAUGUACUGGACGGACUGGGGUGAGAAUGCGAAGCUGGAGCGCUCAGCGAUGGAUGGAUCGGACCGCGUGGUCCUCAUCAGUAACAACCUGGGCUGGCCCAACGGUCUGGCCAUCGACAUGGCCGGCUCACAGUUGUUGUGGGCUGAUGCUCACACUGAGCGCAUCGAGGCAUCCGACCUCAACGGGCAGAACCGCCACACCCUCGUGACUCCAGUUCAGCACCCGUACGGUUUAACUCUGCUGGGGUCCCAUAUCUACUGGACCGACUGGCAGAGCCGCAGCAUCCAGCGAGCUGACAAGACCUCCGGGGCCAACACCAUCACGGUGCGAGCCAACCUGCCGGGCCUGAUGGACAUCCAGGCUGUGGACAGAGAGAGGCCGCUGGGUUUUAACAAGUGCGGCAGGAGGAACGGGGGCUGCACGCACUUGUGUCUGCCUCGUCCCAACGGCACCUCCUGCGCCUGUCCCACCGGCAUACAGCUCAAGGGGGACGGCCGGUCGUGCGAUGACUCCCCAGAGACGUACCUGCUCUUCUCCAACCGCGUCAGUGUGCGCAGGAUCUCCCUGGACACCGACGACCACACUGACGUGCACGUGCCCGUGCCCGAGCUGCACAACGUCAUCUCGCUGGACUACGACAGCGUGGAUGGAAAACUGUACUACACCGACGUCACCCUGGAUGUUAUCAGGCGCGCCAACUUAGAUGGCAGUGAAAUGGAGACGGUGAUCAGUCAGGGCCUGAAGACCACGGACGGGCUGGCUGUGGACUGGGUGGCCAGAAACAUGUACUGGACCGACACUGGGCGCAACACCAUCGAGGUGGCACGCUUGGAGGGAACCAGCCGCAAAGUCCUGGUCAACAACAGUUUGGACGAACCCCGAGCAAUUGCGGUGUUCCCGAGCAAAGGGUACUUGUUCUGGACCGACUGGGGACACAUUGCAAAGAUUGAGCGAUCUCACCUGGACGGCUCAGACCGGAAGGUUCUCAUCAAUACCGACCUGGGGUGGCCCAAUGGCCUCACUCUGGACUACGACAGACGAAGGAUCUUCUGGGUGGACGCCCACCUGGACAGGAUCGAGAGUUCAGACCUGAAUGGAGACCUGCGCCAGGUCCUCGUCAGCCCGGUGUCCCACCCGUUCGCCCUCACACAGUUGAAGCCGGUGUCCUCCCCUCUAACCCCUUUCUCCCGACUCUCGCAGCAAGACCGCUGGAUCUACUGGACGGACUGGCAGACUAAGUCCAUCCAGCGAGUGGACAAACACGCUGGCCGUAACAAGGAAACCGUGCUGGCCAACGUGGAGGGCCUCAUGGACAUUAUAGUGGUAUCUCCUAACAGACAGACAGGUACUAACCUCUGUGGAGUAAAUAAUGGUGGCUGCACUCACCUCUGCUUCGCCAAGACCAACAGUUUUGUCUGCGCCUGCCCCGAUGAACCAGACGGACGACCCUGCUCCACAAUUUCAGGUUACAUCCCCACUUCUCCUGCCAGAGGAACCAGCAGCACCCCUGUCCCCAAAAAGAUCCCCAAAGGUCCAACAGACGCUUCCCACAGAGGACCCGCACUGAUCAACUGCACUGGCAAGAUCCUGAACGCAGAAGGCUGCUUGAACACUGUGGUGACAGCUCCUCACGGGGAAGGACUUCAUAUCAGCUAUGUGAUUGGUGGAGUUCUGACCAUCCUGGCGAUUCUCAUCCUCAUCGCUGCCUUGAUUAUCUACAGACAUAAAAAGUCAAAGUUUGCUGAUCCGGGAGUGAGCAACCUGACCUACAGUAACCCCUCCUACCGGACGUCCACACAGGAGGUCAAGAUCGAGACAUCGCAGAAGCCUCCGAUUUACAACCAGCUUCGAUAUAAGAAAGAGGGGGGAGUGGAUGGAGGCUACACCAAGGAGAAGAUCCGCAUCGUGGAGGGCGUGUGUCUCCUCUCCAACGAAGAGCUUUACUGGGACGACCUAAAACAGAUCAAGCCCUCCCGGGGCGGCCUGCACACCUGCAUGCGCACAGACACCGUGUCCCUGCAGGCCAGCAGCGCCUCGCUAGAUGACGGCGAGACAGAGCAGCUCCUCCAGGAGGAGGCGUCCGAGUGCUCCUCCAUAACCACCCUCACCCCUUCGGCCAUCACCCCCCAGCGCCACGCCCAGCACAGCCUUCCCGACACCGGCUGGGCCUCCAUGCGUAAACCCUCCACCGAGAGCGAAGUGUGAGAGCCGCUUCCCCCUCCGUGCUUUAUCUCAACCGUCAUUACCUAACACACACAUGCAGACGCCUGUAUUUAGAGCCGGUACAAAUACACUAAGAGGAAUAGAUACAAACACAGUUGCAUAUGUAGGCUUACGGUACAUAUGGACCUGGUUAGACACAAAUAAGCUCACAUAAACACAACUCAUGUCUCCGAAACUGGGGCUCCGUCCUACUUGUGCACACGUGCGGUACAGUCCUCCCAACAGUUCCUUCAGAGCGGCUGCCAUUAGGCAAAGUGAUAAACUAAGGAGCACGCUGGUAUAAGAAAGCAAAGGACUCUGGGGAGGAAGGGAACAGAGAGACACACAAGCGUUACCUGGAGCCUUUUGUAAAGGGUGCAGACUCUCAGUGCGACAAGCGCUUCUCUGUGUACGCCUUUAUUUUUGGGAACUUUUCUUCUCGGACUAAGCUAAAACGUCGUCGUGCUCCCUGGACGGUGUAACCACAGCGCUCUCUCUAAUGCCACUCAUGUCUUUAUGAACUCUAUUUAUGAACUUUUUUUUUUUUUUUUUUUUUUUACUUGCAAGAGUGGGUUUGCUGCCCGAGAAUGAUCAGAGUGUUAAGUUAGAAGUUUGUACAGCAGCGCCCGGUUGUUCACGAGUUGUAUUUAUGACAGUGCCAAAGGGUGGAGCUUCAGAGUCUCCGCGCUUCCUCCUCCCAUCUACACCAUUCAUAUCAAAGUCUGGGAUGUUUGUUCUAGUUUUACUGACUUGCUCGCCUCGCUGGUGGGAGACCUCGUUUUGAUGACUUCUGCUUCUGACUUCUUAUUUUACAGCCUCCAACCGAUCAAACAAGAAAUUGCUGUAGCAGGUACUCUCAGUUGUUUGCAGAAAUCCCUUCAUCUUCUGUAAAAAAAAAGAAAAUAGUAAUUCAGCCAUUUCUGAUCCUCGGGCAUAGCAGAAGGAGCCUCAAUGAAGUAACAGCCUAAGUGCCAAACGUUCAUUCUUUUUCCUCCUUCAGCUGUAUAUUUAUUUUUCUCAGAGGUUUUAAGAUGUACGUGACAAUUUCUCACUUACCACUACUGCUAUUGAGCCAUGCAGAUAGUUGUGGUUUUAUUUACACAGGUACAAAGAUAAACAUCUCUGGGAUUGCUUCUGCCGCAUAACUCUGCAAUCAUUUCCUCACCGCAAUCAUGAGAAACAUUUUCCUGAGGCUUAAUAUCCAGAUAACUGGUUAUAUUCGGUAGCACUUACUAAUAGAUAUUUCAAGCUCUUUAAUGUUAACAAAAUAAACAUUUCAUUUUUUAUUUUUUUGUCAAAAUAGAAAAUACCACUCCUGUAAUUUUAUUUUCUUUGUAGGUGUAUGUCUACACUACAGCUUUAAUCAGUGUUAACUUAUCCAUGAUAUCAACCCACAUUCUCCACCAACAUCCUCCCUUUAGCUUUUUAGCUCAGUGCUGAGUUUUCUUCAACAAUAAAUGCAAUAUUGCAUAGUUUUCUUUUGUUUUUGUUUUUUUUUUGUUUUGAUUUUUUUUUAACGAUCAUUGCAAUUUUACAAUAAACUUAGCAGGAUACUGUAAAGAAAUGGUAGCUAUUCUGAUUUCUGGAACACAAUCACAGAAGGUCCCGUUCCGAUUGUUGUGGUGGGUUAGCGUCGAGCUUCAGAGGCAAAUAUAUCAAAAAGUUAGUAAAUACAACCAAAGGUAUCUGCUUGGCAAAACACUACUAGAGGUAAAUGAGAACAUUUGUUUCCGAGUUUCCGACCCAAAUCUGUAACUUAAAGGGGCACUCACCGAAUCUCCCACAGUGCAGUUUAACAAAUGGAAAACACUGUGCAUGUCUGACCCCAACAGAUGGAGAGGGUUAUAGUUUAAAAAAAUAAAAUAAAAUAUAUCGCAGCUUACUGAAAAAUAAAGUAAAAAGAUAUUGUACGUUGCUUUAACUUUAGAGUACCGUUUUGUCUGUUGAAAAGUGGAACAGGGAAAUAGUAUAUUGCUAUAUUGACAAAUAUAUCUGUUAGACAUUACUAUAGAACCAUGUAUUUUGAAGUAUCUGCUACAAGCUCAGCAACUUGCUGAUUUGCUGCUAGACAAAGCACUGAGGCCAAUGAAAGAGGGUCUUGGCAGCUACAUAACUACAGUCAAUGACAGGUUUGGUUGACGGUAGGCCUACAGAGCAUCACAGCGACCCGGUAUCCAGUUAUCCUGGCUCACAGUCCCUCCAACUCUGCUGCAGGAACGCUAAAACUGUACAGAUUUUAUCAAGCGGAUAUAAGCGGACAUUUCUGUUGAUAUUGCGUUGAGUUGUAUAGUCUUUUGUACAAAGGGAUUUCAUGACCGUUUUUAGACUUGUAUUAAUUUUACUCACUGGAGAAACCCUUUUUUUUGUUGUUUUGUUGUUUUUGCUGGAUUAUUUUAACCACUGUGUUUCCAACCCUUGUAAAUGAUAGGGAAGAUGACAGUUAUUUAAUAGUGCUCUUUUAUCUUAUGAAAUACUGGUAACGUAUAGCUGUUGUAAAGUUAACAAAAAGAGGUAUUUAUGAUUUUUUUUUUUGUUUGGUUGUCACUUGAUGUGUAAAUAUGAAAAGACUGUAUAUGUAUUUCCAUGGCAGUACUAACAAGCUGUGUUGUGUGAUAUAGUGAAUUAUCCCUUUGCUAUCUUUUAAUAUAAAACUGCAUUUGCAUUUCAAUGAAA